AUGGCUGCUGCCUGUGUGGCUGUUAAUAAGUUGUUCGGCGCCCCACUACCAAAGAGUGACCUAGUGCCACUAAUAAUCGAUUCAGAAACCAAAAUUUUAAAUUACAGUUAUAACAUUGCAGCAGCCAUUUUGGGUAGAUUUAUUAUUGUUGGAGGUAAUCAAUUGGUAUAUAAGCCGUUAAAAUAUCCACCAGAAAAUCAUCUGUACUUUGUGAUUCUUUGUUUGGAAUUUGAAGUCUAUUGGACGAAAAUUUCUGAGAGUUUGUCGGAGUAUUCGGACUAUAAAAUACUUUGUGAAGAAGUUGCAAUUUCAUUUUGUGUGUCUUCAAUCUUGGCGAGUGAUCCUGUGGUGUUUGAUAAAGCUAUAUCGUAUGAUGGUUCGAUAAAGGUUUCUGUAUUCCCGGGUUGGAAAUCGAUUAAGAAAGUGGCGAUGGAAGCGGGAGCUUACGGCUGUAGUAUAACUGCUAUGGGACUUAAAGUGGUGGUUGUCAUCGACUAUUUCGCUAAAAGCGAACUGAUCGGUAAGAAGAUGUUGAAAGAGUAUGAGAAGCAAGGAACCAAGGUUAUGUUUAUAGAGGUUCGAAGAUUAAUACAAAGUGGAACUGUGGUUGUCAAUACUGAUAUUCCUAUCUUUUGA